ACCUCUGUCCAUGGUGCUGGAUUUUAUAAUUCAUGCACCUCACUACAGUGUGACGCUUGCAAUAUAAUCCAAUCAGGUCUGAUUCGAGCAAAUUACACAAAACUAUGGCUUCGUAGAUACCUUUUGUUCUGCGUAAAAGUAACAUGUGACAUUAUAGGUGUGACAGUAAUGAGCAGAUAAGUGCGGUCAAGGUGUCGUCGGCACUGCAGCAUCCGCUCUGCGGCUGAUCGCUGCUGCUGCUGCUGCUGCUUACAGUCCCGCAGACAAAGUCAUGGAGGGAGGGAAGUUGUGAGGCUUAGAAGUGGGUCUACAUCCCUACGAAACGGGCAAAUUAGAAACAAUGGCGGAGGCUAAUCCACUAAGGGGACUGCCCCGGAUCCAGAGGGCUGCGAUGUCAUUCCCUGGACAUCUGCACUUAGUUCUAGUGCUGAGACCCAAAACCCACCUGCAGACCACUGGAACAGACCUCGGUUUCCGCUUCAGUCAGGAAGACUUUGCUCUCAAGAUGCCGAUGGUAAUGCUGAGCUCCCUGACAGACCUGCUUCGCUUCAUUGAUGAAAAUCAACUGAGCUCUGAGUUUGGAGGCACGCUGGAGGAAUGCCAUAGUGACUGGAUUGUUCUGCAAACAGCCAUAGAGAGUUUUGCAGUGACAGUGAAGGAGAUUGCUCAAUUACUGCAGACAUUCGGCACAGAGCUGUCUGAGAUCGAGCUGCCUGAUGAAGCCAGCGGAAUUGAGUACCUACUCAGAUCACACACUGAGAAAUACAGGCAGAUGAAGGAUGACAUUAGGACAGUUAUGAGGGAAGGACGUCAGCUUCUAUCAAACCUUGAGGCCUCAAAAGCUGUGGAAGGUGCUGCAGCAGAAGACAGGGACAUCAGCCAAGACAAAGAAAGAGUGCAGAGGCUCGUGGCACAGUUACGGGACAUGGAAAUGGCUUUUGAUGGCUUUUUUGAGAAGCACCAUCUCAAGCUCCAACAAUACCUUCAACUGCUCCAGUACGAGAUGAGCUUCCAUGAGAUGGAAGCCAUUCUGGAGAAACUCAGUGCACAGGAGAAAGCCAUUGCAUCUGUGGGGACAACAGUGGCCCAGACAGAGCAGCUACUCAAAGACCUCGAGAUGCUGGAAACCACAGCAGAGGACGAAAUGGGCCGUGCUCAGAUUAUUAUUCUGCAUGGGCACCAGCUGGCAGCGAGUCAUCACUACGCUCUUGCCUUAAUAGUUCAGCGUUGCAAUGAACUGAGGCAUCACUCUGACACUCUCACUACAGCUCUACGUGCCAAACGGGCAUCUCUCACACGCAUACGAGACCUGCUGUUGCGGUUGGAGGAGACUGUGCGUUGGUGCGAUGAGGGGGCCUAUCUGCUGGCUAACCAGCUCCUGGAUAAGUUUCAGUCCAAAGAGGGGGCACAGGCAGCCCUGCAGGACAUUGAGAGACUGGUGGAGAUGGCGCCCUCAGUGGUGCGGUCUAACCCGGACGUUCUCAGUCUGGAGUUUGAGGCAAUACUCACGCCACAGCUGCAGUCUCAGAUAAAAGCUGUCACAGAGAAGCUGUCAACAGUGCAGGGAAUGAUCCAGAGCAGACAGGCCUGUCUGAGGAAACUGGCUGAUAUUCAGGUCAGACCCAUCCAGCUAGUCGCUCCAAGGCCCGAGAACUCGCCACGCUGCAAAUCCCCUGUAUUCUCUCCCAAACACAGUUUUGACGUGAACUCUAGUUUAAGGUUUUCUUUUGAUCUCGCACUUCCUGGUAAAAGGGCCUCACGGAAAGGUCCCAGCACUAAAAAGAUAGAGGUCAUGCAUGAUUACGGGGAGAACCGCAGCUGUCUGUCUUACAGCCCAGAGGGAGUUGAGAACCCCGACCAGCACAAACGCCACGUAAUGAAGGAGCUGAUUGAGACGGAGAGAAUCUAUGUGGAUGAGCUGCUGUCUGUUUUGCUGGGUUACAGGGCAGAGAUUGAUAACCCAUCUCUCUCUAACAUACUGCCACCUGUACUGCGAAACAAGAAAGAAGAGCUAUUCGGAAAUCUGCCGGAGAUCUAUAAAUUUCACAGCAGGAUAUUCUUGCACGACCUCGAGAGCUGCUUAGAGUCCCCAGAGAGAGUGGGAGCGCGCUUUCUGGAACGGAAAGAAAAUUUUCAGGUCUAUGAGCGCUACUGCCGGAACAAACCUCGCUCAGAUGCCCUAUGGAGGCAGUGUUCAGAUUCAGCCUUCAUCCAGGAGUGCAAAAAGAAGCUGGAUCAUAAGCUAGGUCUGGACUCAUAUUUGCUGAAACCUGUUCAACGUUUAACCAAGUACCAGCUUCUUCUGAAGGAACUACUAAAACACAGCUCAAACUCGCAGUAUGCAUCUGAGCUGCAGGGGGCGCUAAAUGCCAUGCUGGACCUCCUCAAGUCUGUCAAUGACUCCAUGCAUCAAAUUGCCAUCACUGGUUAUGAGGGGGAAUUGAGUGACCUGGGCCGCGUCCUUAUGCAGGGGUCUUUUAAUGUCUGGAUCAACCAUAGGAAAGGGCCAACGCGCAUGAAAGACAUGGCUCGCUUUAAACCAAUGCAAAGGCAUCUGUUCCUUCACGAAAGAGCUCUGCUUUUCUGCAAGAAGAGAGAGGAGAGUGGAGAAGCACAUGAUCGGACAGCCUCUUACAGCUUCAAACACUGCCUGAUGAUGAGUGCUGUGGGUAUCACAGAAAACGUCAAAGGGGAUGUAAAGAAGUUUGAAAUUUGGUAUAACGGAAAAGAGGAGGUGUAUGUUGUUCAGGCUUCAACUGUAGAUGUGAAGAUUGCAUGGCUCACUGAGAUUAGAAAAAUCCUCAACAAUCAGCAAAAGACUGGCAAAGGUGAUGCUCACCCAGACGGUGAGCAGCCAUUAUCUCCACCCUUGGCCGACAGUGUGAGGCAUAUGUCCGUAUGCAUGCCCUGGACGUCCACACAGAUCACUGGCUGCUCAGGUUGUUUUGAUGUCCUUCCUCACAGCAAGCUCCAGGGGGCGUCCAUCAGCUCGGAGGAGACCGAUUCAGGCCGCGUGAGUCCGGUUUUGACAGACCCAGUCAUCGUUUCUCCACGUCCUCGCCACCACAACCGGCGCAGCUGGCCAGGGACGUCUCACUCAGUGGACAUCUGUGAGGGUCUGGAGGACUGGACCACUGACCUUUCAAACAUCUCAGACUCUGAUGAAGAAGACGAAGUGCUGCUGGUUCCUGGAAGGUAUAGAGCAAUGGUGGACCAUUUAAAGUGUGGCAAGGAUGAUGUAAUCAUUAAAUGUGGUGAUGUCAUUCAUGUGCUGCAGGAGAGUGCCAUGGGGCUUUGGCAAGUUAAGAAUUUGACUCGUGGAGGUGAAGGAAAACUCCCCGUUGAUACACUGCUGAGAAUGCUGGGAGAUGCGGGCAGAAGUCCCUCCAUUAAAUCAGGAGGAGGGCUUAUGGUACGGGAAAUAUAAACAGCAGGAAGCCCAGCAACACCUAAGUACAUAAACCACAUGUACACAAAGCUCACACCAUGUGACAACCCUAAAGGCCAUUACUGUCAUUCAGGACUGAGCCCAGUCACGCCAACCUGAAGCACACAAACAAACACCAAGUCAGGAAAACAGAGCUGCCUAGUUAAGAGAAAGUUUCCAUCUGCCAUCAGAGGGGAUUUUGGAUUAUACUGGAUUUAUAGACAAAAAGUACACUGGAAAGUAGUAUCACCAUGCUGUGCCAUAACAUGAGAUAAAACAUGUAUUUGUGUAGUUAGCACAGUGUUUUAGUAUAUAUUAAAAACAGGAAGGUUUAUUGCUUGGGGUGUACACUGGCUUGAGAGAAUAGCUAACUAUUUUUUUCUCUCCUCGGAUAGGUACAGUGGUUGGACCUUUGUUUUAAAAAGCCAUUUUAGUGCUGGAAUGGAUACCAGUGCUACAAAGAAUGAAAGAUAAACUAAACAUUAGUAUCUAGUUUAUGUGCCAAAACCUAACAUUCCAUUCCCAAACCAACCAGGUUGACACUAAUUCCUCUUUUUUAUUACUCUGACUUUACUUUGGCAUCAGUAUUUCUCCAAGAAUAUUUCAGAGAAAUAUGUAAAAGAAAUCUUAUUUUAGAGACUAUGUGAAGUGAAAACUUUACAAAUCACUUACAAAUCAAUAGUCAGCAAUGUGAUCGCUUUAUUGCUUCACAGUUAUGUUUAAAAACAUAUUGCUCACCUUCAGAUGAUCCGUGUUUAUAUUCAUUCACUUUAAGUCAGUUCAGAUAUGGCUGUUCUAGACUACUUAGCAAAUUUUCUUAGCUAUCAAAGUGUUUUUGUACGGGUUUACUGUAAAAACAGCAUAAUUCAUUUUGAGUUAAAAAUCAAUUUUUUAAUCACUUGCACCAUAUUUGGGUCAGUUUUUGUCAUUGAAAUAAAACUUGGUGUUAUAUAAACUUGUUCGUUCUAAUAACUUUUUCUCUGUCACACUUCCUGCAC